AUUCUAGUGCAACAGCUCAGAGCUUCCCUUCUGUUCUGGUGCCGGCACUGCCUGUCAUGAAGAUGGUACAGUGGGAGCCUGCUCAGAAGAGCCAAGGAAGAUGAUGUGGAAAUGGAGCAGAGAUUGCUAGAGAUCUGAACAUCCACACCUUGGGGAUGGGUUGCACUACUAGUGUAAUUCUGUUUAAAGGCAUCCGCACCGUUUUUGAAAGAAACUGUGCUUAUAUGUGCAAACAGCAAGGAGAGAAUAAUGCCCUUGAAUAUACGGCAUACCAUUGGACAAAAGAAGAUUCAGAACUAUUAAUCUCCUCCUGUCUGGCAAAGCCAAAGCUGAUUGAACCACUCGACUAUGAAAAUGUCAUCGUCCAAAAGAAGACACAGAUCCUGAAUGAUUGUUUAAGGGAGAUGCUUCUCUUCCCUUAUGAUGACUUUCAGACGGCCACUCUGAGACGACAGGGUCGGUAUAUGUGCUCCACUGUUCCUGCAGACGCGGAAGAGGAAGCACAGAGCUUAUUUGUUACAGAGUGCAUCAAAACCUAUAACUCUGACUGGCAUCUGGUGAAUUAUAAAUUUGAAGAUUACUCGGGAGAGUUUCGACAGCUUCCAAACAAAGUAGCCAAGUUGGAUAAACUUCCAGUUCAUGUCUAUGAAGUUGAUGAGGAGGUUGACAAAGAUGAGGAUGCUGCCUCCCUCGGCUCUCAGAAGGGUGGGAUCACCAAACACGGGUGGCUGUACAAAGGCAACAUGAACAGUGCAAUAAGCGUGACCAUGAGGUCAUUUAAAAGACGGUUUUUCCACCUGCUUCAACUUGGUGACGGAUCCUACAAUUUGAAUUUUUAUAAAGACGAAAAGAUCUCCAAAGAACCAAAAGGAUCAAUAUUUCUGGAUUCCUGUAUGGGAGUGGUUCAGAACAACAAAGUCAGGCGUUUUGCUUUUGAGCUCAAGAUGCAAGACAAAAGCAGUUAUCUUUUGGCAGCAGACAGUGAAGCAGAAAUGGAAGAAUGGAUUACAAUUCUAAACAAGAUUCUCCAGCUCAACUUUGAAGCUGCAAUGCAAGAAAAGCGAAAUGGAGACUCCCAUGAAGAUGAUGAACAAAGCAAAUUUGAAGGUUCUGGUUCCGGUUUAGAUAGUUACCUGCCUGAACUUGCCAAGAGUACCAGAGAAGCAGAAAUCAAACUGAAGAGUGAAAGCAGAGUUAAACUUUUUUACUUGGACCCAGAUGCCCAGAAGCUUGACUUCACAUUACAUUUUCUUUUAAAGAAGCUUGACUUUACAUCAGCUGAACCAGAAGUGAAGCCAUUUGAAGAGAAGUUUGGAAAGAGAAUUCUUGUCAAGUGCAAUGAUUUAUCUUUCAAUUUGCAAUGCUGUGUUGCAGAAAAUGAAGAAGGACCUACAACAAAUGUAGAGCCUUUCUUUGUUACUUUAUCCCUGUUUGACAUAAAAUACAACCGAAAGAUUUCUGCUGAUUUCCACGUGGACCUGAACCAUUUCUCCGUGAGGCAGAUGCUGGCCACCACAUCUCCAGCUCUGAUGAACGGUGGCAGGCCGAGCUCACCAGUUCUUCAGGAUAUCCUCCAGGAAGCUGCCAUGCAGUAUCCAAAGCAGGGAAUAUUCUCAGUCACGUGUCCUCAUCCCGAUAUAUUCCUUGUGGCUAGAAUUGAAAAAGUGCUUCAGGGGAGCAUCACCCACGGUGCUGAGCCAUAUAUGAAAAGUUCAGACUCUUCUAAGGUUGCUCAGAAAGUGCUGAAGAAUGCCAAGCAGGCAUGCCAAAGACUAGGACAGUACAGAAUGCCAUUUGCGUGGGCAGCAAGGACAUUGUUUAAGGACACAUCUGGAAACCUUGACAAAAAUGCCAGAUUCUCUGCUCUCUACAGGCAAGACAGCAAUAAGCUCUCCAAUGAUGACAUGCUCAAGUUCCUGGCAGACUUCCGGAAACCUGAGAAGAUGGCUAAGCUCCCAGUGAUUUUGGGCAACCUAGACAUUACAAUUGAUAAUGUUUCCUCAGACUUUCCUAAUUAUGUCAACUCAUCAUACAUUCCCAUGAAGCAAUUUGAAACCUGUAGUAAAACUCCAAUCACAUUUGAAGUAGAAGAAUUUGUGCCCUGCAUACCAAAACACACUCAGCCUUACACCAUCUACAACAAUCACCUUUAUGUUUAUCCUAAGUACUUGAAAUAUGACAGUCAAAAGUCUUUUGCCAAGGCCAGAAAUAUUGCUAUUUGCAUUGAAUUCAAAGAUUCGGAUGAAGAAGAUUCUCAGCCUCUGAAGUGCAUUUAUGGCAGACCUGGUGGGCCAGUGUUCACAAGAAGCGCCUUUGCUGCGGUUUUACACCAUCACCAAAACCCAGAAUUUUAUGAUGAGAUCAAAAUAGAAUUGCCCACCCAGCUGCAUGGAAAGCACCACUUGCUGUUCACAUUUUUCCAUGUCAGCUGUGAUAGUUCAAGUAAAGGAAGCACGAAGAAGAAGGAUGUGGUUGAAACACAAGUUGGAUAUUCCUGGCUUCCUCUCCUGAAGGAUGGAAGGGUGGUGACUAGUGAACAGCAUGUUCCUGUCUCAGCCAAUCUCCCAUCUGGCUACCUUGGCUACCAGGAGCUCGGGAUGGGCAGGCAUUAUGGUCCAGAAAUUAAAUGGGUAGAAGGAAGCAAGCCACUGCUGAAGGUUUCAACUCAUCUGGUUUCCACAGUGUAUACUCAGGAUCAGCAUUUACAUAAUUUUUUCCAGUACUGCCAGAAAACUGAAUCUGGAGCCCAAGCCUUAGGGAGUGAACUUGUAAAAUACCUUAAGAGCCUGCAUGCGAUGGAAGGCCACGUGAUGAUCGCCUUCUUGCCCACCAUCCUAAACCAACUAUUCCGAGUCCUCACCAGAGCAACCCAGGAGGAAGUCGCUGUCAAUGUGACACGGGUCAUUAUUCAUGUGGUUGCCCAGUGCCAUGAGGAAGGAUUGGAGAGCCACUUGAGGUCAUAUGUUAAGUAUGCUUACAAGGCUGAGCCGUACAUUGCUUCUGAAUACAAGACCGUGCAUGAAGAACUGACAAAAGCCAUGACCACAAUUCUCAAGCCUUCUGCUGACUUUCUCACCAGCAACAAACUACUUAAGUAUUCAUGGUUUUUCUUUGACGUUUUGAUAAAAUCCAUGGCUCAGCAUUUGAUAGAGAACUCCAAAGUUAAGUUAUUGCGAAACCAGAGAUUUCCUGCAUCCUAUCAUCACGCAGUGGAAACGGUUGUGAAUAUGCUGAUGCCGCACAUCACUCAGAAGUUUCGAGAUAACCCAGAGGCGUCCAAAAACGCAAAUCACAGUCUUGCUGUGUUCAUCAAGAGAUGUUUUACCUUCAUGGACAGGGGCUUUGUCUUUAAGCAGAUCAACAACUACAUCAGCUGUUUUGCUCCUGGAGACCCGAAGACCCUCUUUGAAUACAAGUUUGAAUUUCUCCGUGUGGUGUGCAAUCAUGAACAUUAUAUACCUUUGAAUUUACCGAUGCCAUUUGGAAAAGGCAGGAUUCAGAGAUACCAAGCUUUUCUUUCACCAACUGUGGAGUCAAAUGACACUCCUGUAGAUCUCCAGCUUGACUACUCACUAACAGACGAGUUCUGCAGAAACCACUUCUUGGUGGGACUGUUACUGAGAGAAGUGGGGACCGCCCUUCAGGAGUGUAGGGAGGUCCGGCUGAUUGCCAUCAGUGUGCUCAAGAACCUGCUGAUAAAGCACUCUUUUGAUGACAGAUAUGCUUCAAGGAGCCAUCAAGCAAGGAUAGCCACUCUCUACCUGCCUCUGUUCGGUCUGCUGAUUGAGAACGUCCAGCGGAUCAACGUGAGGGAUGUGUCACCCUUCCCUGUGAACCCUGGCAGUACUGUGAAAGAGGAAUCGCUCCUGCUGCCAGCUGCAAACCCACUGGUAACGCCACAGAAGCCUGGGAUCGCACUAGACAACAGCCUACACAAAGAUCUCUUUGGCGCCAUCUCUGGCAUAGCUUCUCCAUAUACAACGUCAACUCCAAACAUCAAUAGUGUGAGAAAUGCUGAUUCAAGAGGAUCUCUCAUAAGCACAGAUUCGGGGAACAGCCUUCCAGAAAGGAAUACUGAGAAAAGCAAUUCCCUGGAUAAGCACCAACAAAGUGGCACUUUGGGAAAUUCUGUGGUUCGUUGUGACAAACUUGACCAGUCCGAGAUUAAAAGCCUGCUGAUGUGUUUCCUCUACAUCUUAAAAAGCAUGUCUGAUGAUGCUUUGUUUACAUAUUGGAACAAGGCUUCAACAUCUGAACUUAUGGAUUUUUUUACAAUAUCUGAAGUCUGCUUACACCAGUUCCAGUACAUGGGGAAGCGAUAUAUAGCCAGGAACCAGGAGGGGUUGGGACCCAUAGUUCAUGAUCGAAAAUCUCAGACCUUGCCUGUUUCCCGUAACAGAACAGGAAUGAUGCAUGCCAGAUUGCAGCAGCUGGGCAGCCUGGAUAACUCUCUCACUUUUAACCACAGCUAUGGCCACUCGGACGCAGAUGUUCUCCAUCAGUCGCUGCUGGAAGCCAACAUUGCUACUGAGGUGUGCCUCACAGCUCUGGACACACUCUCUCUAUUUACACUGGCAUUUAAGAACCAACUCCUGGCUGACCAUGGACAUAAUCCUCUCAUGAAAAAAGUAUUUGACGUCUACCUGUGUUUUCUUCAAAAACAUCAGUCAGAAACAGCUUUAAAAAAUGUCUUCACUGCCUUAAGGUCAUUCAUUUAUAAGUUUCCCUCGACGUUCUACGAAGGGAGGGCAGACAUGUGUGCGGCUCUGUGCUAUGAGAUCCUCAAGUGCUGCAACUCAAAGCUGAGCUCCAUCAGAACCGAGGCCUCCCAGCUGCUAUACUUCCUCAUGAGGAACAAUUUUGACUACACUGGGAAGAAGUCCUUUGUCCGGACACACUUGCAGGUCAUUAUUUCCGUCAGCCAGCUGAUAGCAGAUGUUGUUGGGAUCGGGGGAACCAGAUUCCAGCAGUCCUUGUCCAUCAUCAACAACUGUGCCAACAGUGACAGGCUCAUCAAGCAUACUACAUUCUCCUCGGAUGUGAAAGACUUGACCAAAAGGAUCCGCACUGUUCUGAUGGCCACCGCCCAGAUGAAGGAGCAUGAGAAUGACCCAGAGAUGCUGGUGGACCUCCAGUAUAGUCUGGCUAAGUCCUACGCCAGCACUCCCGAGCUCAGGAAGACGUGGCUGGACAGUAUGGCCAGGAUCCAUGUCAAAAAUGGGGAUCUCUCUGAGGCAGCGAUGUGUUAUGUCCAUGUCACAGCCCUGGUGGCAGAGUAUCUCACACGGAAAGAAGCAGACAUAGCCCUCCGUCCGGAGCUGCCCCUCUUCCCCUACAGCCACAGCACCUGCCAGAGGAGGCGCCGGGGAGGCAUGUUUAGACAAGGAUGCACAGCAUUCAGGGUGAUCACCCCAAACAUAGACGAGGAGGCCUCCAUGAUGGAAGAUGUCGGAAUGCAGGAUGUCCAUUUCAACGAGGUGAGCGCCUCGGCUGGCGUGGGUCUUCAGUUCGAUGUACUCAUGGAGCUUCUAGAACAAUGUGCAGAUGGACUUUGGAAGGCUGAACGCUAUGAGCUAAUCGCUGACAUCUAUAAACUCAUCAUCCCCAUUUACGAGAAACGGAGAGAUUUUGAGAGGUUAGCCCAUCUGUAUGACACCCUUCACCGGGCCUACAGCAAAGUGACCGAGGUCAUGCACUCGGGCCGCAGGCUCUUGGGGACAUACUUCCGAGUGGCCUUCUUCGGACAGGCAGCGCAAUACCAGUUUACAGACAGUGAAACAGAUGUGGAGGGAUUCUUUGAAGAUGAAGAUGGAAAAGAGUAUAUUUACAAAGAACCCAAACUCACGCCUCUGUCAGAAAUUUCCCAGAGACUCCUUAAACUCUACUCUGAUAAAUUCGGUUCUGAAAAUGUCAAAAUGAUACAGGAUUCUGGCAAGGUCAACCCGAAGGAUCUGGAUUCUAAGUAUGCAUACAUCCAGGUGACUCAUGUGAUCCCAUUCUUCGAUGAGAAAGAAUUGCAAGAAAGGAAGACGGAGUUUGAGCGAUCUCAUAACAUUCGCCGCUUCAUGUUUGAGAUGCCCUUCACUCAGACGGGGAAGAGACAGGGCGGGGUUGAGGAGCAGUGCAAACGGCGCACCAUACUGACAGCAAUACACUGCUUCCCUUAUGUGAAAAAGCGGAUCCCCGUCAUGUACCAGCACCACACCGACCUGAACCCCAUCGAAGUGGCCAUUGAUGAGAUGAGUAAGAAGGUGGCCGAGCUCCGGCAACUGUGCUCCUCAGCCGAAGUGGACAUGAUCAAACUGCAGCUCAAACUCCAAGGCAGUGUGAGCGUUCAGGUCAACGCAGGUCCACUAGCAUAUGCCCGAGCUUUCUUAGAUGACACAAACACAAAAAGAUACCCUGACAACAAAGUGAAGUUGCUUAAAGAAGUUUUCAGGCAAUUUGUGGAAGCUUGCGGUCAAGCCUUAGCAGUAAACGAGCGGCUGAUCAAAGAGGACCAGUUAGAGUACCAGGAAGAAAUGAAGGCCAACUACAGGGAGAUGGCAAAAGAGCUUUCUGAAAUCAUGCAUGAACAAAUUUGCCCGCUGGAGGAGAAGACGAGCGUUUUACCGAAUUCCCUUCACAUCUUCAAUGCCAUCAGUGGGACUCCAACAAGCACCAUGGUUCACGGGAUGACCAGCUCGUCCUCAGUUGUGUGAUUUUGCCUCACAGGCCACAUGUGGGGACUCGCUUUGUCAUUUGCAAACUCAGGAUGAUCUCCAAAGCUAAUCACUGGGCUCAUGCAAGACCUGGGAAAGACCGAGCACAAGGAGAAGUGAAGGUGGAUGGGAGAAGAAGGAAAUAAAGAACUGUUAUUAUUUCAUAGCAGAUUUUCUAGAGGAGUCAUGAGAGGGUGCACAUAUUUUUUUAAAUCUUGCUGGCAAUAUUCCAAGUUUUCAUUAUGUCUUAACAGAGGUGUGUGAUGGACUCUCUUAAGCUGGAGUGAGGUUUUAUUCUUCCUUACAAGAGUAGUAUUAAAAUAAAUGGCCUCAAGAAAACAAGUGUUCUGGAAUGUACAUAGCAGGGACAGUAGCACUGAAAUUGAGGCUGGAGUAUCCUCCACCUCUAGGCUAAGCUGGAGAAUCUUGAAAAUAUUUUUUUUUUCCUGUGGCACAUUCAGGUUGAAUACAAGAACUAUUUUUGUGACUAGUUUUUGAUGACCUAAGGGAACUGACCAUUGUAAUUUUUGUACCAGUGAGCCAGGAGGUUUAGUGCUUUUAUACUCAUAGACUUGCAUUUAAAAAACAUGAAAGCUUAAGAAACUACAUGAGCUUAAAACUAGUCAAGCAGUUUAGAACCAAAGGCCUCUAUUAAUAAACAAAACUAUGCUAAAAAUUUAAAAGUAGUACAGUAUAUUGUUAUGUACAUAGUUUGUUAAUACAGUCUCUCAUUCUGUACAUACAUUUCUACAUUUUUAAUACUCUUCACAUCAGCUUCUGCAUUAAGUUCAAUUGUGACAAACUUGUGCCGCUCUUAGUAUAUGCAAUAUACUUGACUUUACUGUUUUAUCCUUGUACAUAAAAAAGUGCAAUAUGGAGAUGUAUACAGUCUUUGCUAUGUUAGGUUUAUAAACUAUUUUAAAAUUUUCAUCCUUUUGCCAAAGUGGUGGAGUAUGUAAUUGGUAAAUCAUAAAUCCUGUGGUGAAUAGUGGUGUACUUUCAAACUUUCACCAUGUUAUAUUUUCUUUUCAGACAUUAAUUUAGUAAUUUUAUAUUUGGGAAAAUAAAGGUUUUUAAUUUUAUUUAACUAGAAUCUCUGCCCUGCUGUAAUUAAACAUUCUGUACCACAUCUGUAUUAAAAAUAACAUUGCUGAUUU